GUUGCAGAAGGCAAUGGGACAACAUCACAUGCUGGCCCGAAGCGGAGGUGGGAGAAGUUGUGGUACGACCGUGCCCCAAGUACUUCAGAUUCCUCACCACUUUUCUUGGGAAUGUGACCAGGAAUUGUACAAGCCAGGGCUGGACGGAUGUGUACCCGGCACCGUAUGCCGUAGCUUGUGGAUAUGAUUCCAACAGCACUCCAGGGGAAGAGCAAACGGCAUUUUACGGCACGGUCAAGACUGGCUACACCAUUGGACAUACCUUAUCGCUCAUCGCUCUCACGGCUGCUAUGAUCAUUUUAUGUCUCUUCAGAAAACUACACUGUACUCGAAAUUAUAUUCAUAUGCACCUCUUCAUGUCCUUCAUAAUGAGAGCCAUCGCGGUCUUCAUAAAAGAUGUCAUCCUAUUUGAAAGCGGAGAAUCCGAACACUGCUUCGCGAGCUCA